GGAGCCGCGGCUGCCGGUGUCAUGGACGCCUGGGUCCGCUUCAGUGCUCAGAGCCAGGCGCGGGAGCGGCUGUGUAGGGCUGCGCAGUAUGCUUGCUCCCUUCUUGGUCAUGCACUGCAGAAACAUGGAGCCAGUCCUGAGUUACAGAAACAGAUUCGACAACUGGAGGGUCACCUGAGCCUAGGAAGAAAGCUUCUACGCCUGGGUAACUCAGCAGAUGCCCUUGAGUCAGCCAAACGAGCUGUGCACCUAUCAGAUGUUGUCCUGAGAUUCUGCAUCACUGUUAGUCACCUCAAUCGAGCUUUGUACUUCGCCUGUGACAAUGUCCUGUGGGCUGGAAAGUCUGGACUAGCUCCCCAUGUGGAUCAGGAGAAGUGGGCUCAACGUUCAUUCAGGUACUAUCUGUUUUCCCUCAUCAUGAAUUUGAGCCGUGAUGCUUAUGAGAUUCGCCUACUGAUGGAACAAGAGUCUUCAGCUUGUAGCCGGCGACUGAAGGGUUCUGGAGGAGGAGUCCCAGGAGGAAUUGAGACUGGGGGAUCUGGGGGUCCAGGGACUCUGGGAGGAGGCCUGCCCCAACUGGCUCUGAAGCUUCGGCUCCGAGUCCUGCUCCUGGCUCGGGUCCUUCGAGGUCAUCCCCCCCUUCUGCUGGAUGUAGUCAGAAAUGCCUGUGAUCUCUUCAUUCCACUGGACAAACUAGGCCUCUGGCGCUGUGGCCCUGGGAUUGUGGGGCUUUGUGGCCUCGUGUCCUCCAUCCUGUCUAUUCUCACGCUAAUCUACCCUUGGCUACGACUCAAGCCCUGAUAUUCUGGUACAGGAUAAGGAGGGGACCUGAAUUGGUAAGAUGGAACGUUAGAUCGUCCCCAGUGUACCAGCUUCAUUCUAACUCUACUCCUUGGUUAAGUUAAAAAUCCAGAGAUUCAGGAGUAGAGAGAGGGGCUUUGGGGAAGAUGAGGUGAGGAAAAGUGACUUGUGAAGUCAAUAGGACGAUUCUGAUGUUCAGCCCUAUUGGAGCUUUUGUUCUUUUCCUCCUUCAUUGCAUUGUCUGUGUCUCUCUUGACUCUUUUUACUUUGUGUCUCUUUAGUCUAUUUAAGAUUCUGUCUCUGCAUCUCUUUUUUACCUUCUCAGUCGCCUGUCCUAGGAAUUUAAUCAGCAGCAGAAUUACUUUUUGGUAGAGGAGGUAGAAGGUGUGGUCCCUAAGGUUCUAACUGCCUUCUUUUUCUUCACAAAGGUGGCUUUGGCAGAUUUUACUGCCCUCAAACUCCAAAUCAUAAUUUUAAAGACUUUAAGUCCCGGUGGACUCUUCCUUCAUGCACCAGAGGUGGUUCGAUGCUUCCUCUUCCUCCCUCCUGUCUACCUCACCAACCUCCCUCAUGACUUCGCCCAUACCCUUCUCUCUACUCACGCCUGCAGAUUUCUGCUACACUUUAAUUUCAGGGCUUUGUUCUUUAGCCUGAUCUUACCCCUUCUUUGCCUAUCCAGGAUGAAGCUGUGUCUAGCAUCUUGCUGUAAAUAUUGUACAAUGAUUCUGUGUAAAUAGCUGUGCCCCAUGCCCACGAUUGAGAGCAAGCGUUCCAGGUUAGCAAAUUAAAGAUCAGUUUGCUCAUUAA